AUGAGUAAUACGGACUUUUUAGGUCGCGCGAUCGAUACGGUCAAGAAGGCGAUCGAUGAUGACAACAACGGCGAGUACGAAAAGGCCUAUCAGACGUACUACUCCGCACUGGAGUUGUUUAUGCUGGCCUUGAAAUGGGAAAAGAACCCUAAAUCCAAGGAAAUGAUCCGCUCUAAGGCCGGCGAGUACAUGGAUCGUGCAGAGAAGCUCAAAAACCACCUAGCUGAGGAUCGGAAAAAGCCAAGCGCAGUUGGCGCAAAUGGGAAAGUGGCGCAAGGCAAUGGGAAGGGAGGGAAGGAAGAUGACGACAACGGCGAGGAUGCAGACGCCAAAAAGCUUCGGAGCGCGCUUCAAGGAGCUAUCCUAACGGACAAGCCGAAUGUGAAGUGGGAAGAUGUUGCUGGUCUGGAAAAUGCGAAGGAAGCAUUGAAGGAAGCUGUCAUUCUUCCCAUCAAGUUCCCGCACUUGUUCACUGGCAAGCGUCAACCCUGGAAGGGUAUCUUGCUUUAUGGCCCCCCGGGUACGGGAAAGUCUUACCUUGCCAAAGCCGUUGCAACAGAGGCAAACAGCACGUUCUUUAGUGUCAGCAGCAGUGACUUGGUAUCAAAGUGGAUGGGUGAGAGUGAAAGGCUCGUCAAACAGCUAUUUAACAUGGCUCGUGAAAAUAAGCCAGCAAUCAUCUUCAUUGAUGAGGUUGAUGCGCUGUGCGGGCCUCGUGGCGAAGGUGAGUCCGAGGCCUCACGCCGUAUUAAAACCGAAUUACUUGUACAAAUGGAUGGUGUCGGCAACGACUCAAAGGGUGUUUUGAUUCUGGGUGCUACCAACAUUCCCUGGCAACUCGAUGCUGCAAUUCGGCGACGAUUCCAGCGAAGAGUGCACAUCAGCUUGCCCGACGUCAACGCCAGGGUAAAGAUGUUUAUGCUUGCCGUUGGUUCGACCCCGUGUCAAAUGACCCAGGCCGAUUACCGCCAACUGGCUGAUUUGAGUGAGGGUUACUCUGGUAGCGAUAUUAGUAUCGCUGUGCAAGAUGCACUGAUGCAGCCAAUCCGCAAGAUCCAAGGCGCAACACAUUAUAAGAAGGUUCUCGUUGAGGGUGCAGAGAAGCUCACUCCUUGCUCACCAGGCGAUGCGGGGGCAGUGGAGAUGAGCUGGCUCAACGUAGAAGCAGACCAGCUUCUAGAGCCACCUCUUGUCCUUAAGGAUUUCAUCAAAGCGGUUAAAAACUCUCGCCCGACUGUCAGCGGAGAAGAUCUUACAAGGAAUUCUGAAUGGACUCAAGAAUUUGGCAGUGAAGGUGCCUGA